UUAGGUAAGAGGGAGCCUGAAGAUGAUGUUGAUACUAAAGUGAGUCUUAAGAAGCAGAAGGAAGACGUGAUUGCUGCUGUACAAAAGUAAAAAGCUGUGAAGAAGGUGACUAAGAAGGUUGAGAGCUCUGAUUCAUCAGAUUCUGAAUCUGAGGAAGAUGAGAAGGCUAAGAAAGUUCCAGCCAAGAAGGCUGCAACCAAGAAGCAUGCUGCGGCUGCUGCUAAAAAGGCCAAGGUCUGAGAGUUCGUCUGAAGAUGAUUCAUCCUCUGAUGAGGACUCAGAUGAUGAUUCUGAGGAUGAGAAGGUUGCUGCUACCAAGGCUGCAAGCAGUUCAGAUUCAUCUGAUGAAGAUUCUGAUGAGGAAAGUGAAGAUACUACUGAAUGUCUUCAUGGUGCAAUUGUUGUGGAGAAGAUGCGUAGGUGAAAGGUACACUCCUAAAUUGCUUUAAUUGUUAAUUUCUGUGUGUGUAAAAUUGAAUUGAAUUGAGAUUAGGAACAAUGAAAUUAAAUAGAAACUGACCACUUUAAUUUAAUGGAGAUUAGAUAGAUGUGGUUGAGAAUGUAGUUGUCUUUAAA